AUGCGUGAGAUCGUGCACCUCCAAACUGGCCAGUGUGGUAACCAAGUUGGUACCGCCUUCUGGCAAAUAAUCUCCGGCGAACAUGGUCUCGACGCGUCUGGAGUGUACACCGGUUCUAACGACCAAGAACUGGAGCGGAUGAACGUCUAUUUCAAUGAGGUCGGCAACUCGAAAUAUGUUCCCCGCGCGGUCCUCGUGGACUUGGAGCCCGGCACGAUGGAUGCCGUCCGUGCUGGUCCGUUUGGACAGCUUUUCCGACCGGACAACUUCGUAUUCGGCCAAUCGAGCGCGGGAAACAACUGGGCAAAGGGUCACUAUACGGAGGGUGCUGAGUUGGUUGAUUCCGUUGUGGAUGUGGUUCGUCGUGAAGCCGAAAGCUGUGACAGUCUGCAAGGAUUCCAGAUCACACACUCCCUUGGAGGUGGUACUGGUUCCGGUAUGGGAACUCUUUUGAUCUCGAAGAUCCGCGAGGAAUUCCCGGAUCGCAUGAUGGCCACAUUCUCUGUGGCACCUUCGCCGAAGGUCUCGGAUACGGUGGUCGAGCCAUACAACGCCACAUUGUCUGUUCAUCAGCUUGUGGAGCACUCCGACGAGACGUUUUGUAUCGAUAACGAGGCCCUCUACGACAUCUGCAUGCGCACCCUGAAACUGUCUUCUCCUUCCUAUGGUGACCUUAACCACCUGGUCUCGGCAGUCAUGUCUGGUGUUACUGUCAGUCUUCGAUUCCCUGGUCAGCUCAAUUCGGACCUGCGGAAACUGGCUGUGAACAUGGUGCCCUUCCCCCGGCUCCAUUUCUUCAUGGUGGGCUUUGCACCACUGACCAGCCGGGGAGCCCAUUCAUUCCGCGCAGUCUCAGUGCCUGAAUUGACCCAACAGAUGUUCGAUCCCCGAAACAUGAUGGCUGCUGCUAACUUCCAUAACGGCCGCUUCUUGACUUGCUCCGCGAUCUUCCGUGGAAAGGUCUCGACGAAGGAGGUCGAAGAUCAAAUGCGUGGCAUCCAGACUAAGAACAAUCAUUAUUUCGUCGAAUGGAUCCCGAACAACAUCCAAACCACGGUCUGCUCCGUGCCUCCCAAGGGCCUGAAGAUGGCUUCCACCUUCAUUGGUAAUUCGACAUCCAUCCAGGAAUUGUUCCAACGUAUCGGCAACCAGUUCUCUAGCAUGUUCCGUCGCAAGGCAUUCUUGCACUGGUACACCAGCGAGGGUAUGGACGAGAUGGAGUUUACGGAAGCGGAAAGCAACAUGAAUGACUUGGUGUCGGAAUACCAGCAAUAUCAAGAAGCCUCGAUCGAUGACGAGGAGGGACUUGAGUAUGGUGAGGAGGAGAUCGAGGAGGAGCAGUAG